AUGUUGUCUCGACCAGGUCGAAUCCAACGGGCUCAAUUUGUGCUCAGACGCGUUGCGUUUUACCAACACCACGCCCAGAUAAAGGCGAAUAUUGGGGCCCCCCAUGAAAAAGCACUCGCUUCUGUCCAAAAUGUCAUUCGAAAAGUUUACGGGAAAUAUGACUGCGAAAUAUUUGGGAGUUUUCGCACUGGACUCGCGUCUAGAGACAGCGAUGUUGAUAUGGUCAUCCUCGACCCGCAACGUCCGUAUGGUUUCGCGCCAAACACUGAUCCAAAACUUCCGCCUAUUUACAACAUCCGCUCAGUUGCAAAGACUUUAAAAAGAGCUGGGUUCGAUGUUAUCAAAACUGUUCCCAAUGCCACGGUCCCAAUAGUAACCUUUCGACUCAGACGGACAACUCUCCUGGUGGAUCUGAACGUAAAUGAACGACUGGGAGUUUUCAACUCAGAUCUAAUCAAGCGAUACUGUCAACUCAGUCCAGUACUCAACCCACUCAUCCGCUACCUCAAGAUCUGGGCGAAGUUACUUGAUCUUAAUGACCCAUCUCCUGUAAAGGCCGGAGCUCAGCCGACUUUUAGUAGUUUUGCCCUCACGAUGAUGAGCAUUGCAUUUUUACAGAGCCGUGGACUGCUCCCGAACUUGCAAGCUGGUUUACCUCCCAUCAACGCUGCUGCAGAGGAUUAUCAGGGAACUUAUUGGCGCCAUGUCCGUAGUGGCAGAAUCGAUUGCUGCGAUGUUCGGUACUCUAUGGCAGAAGGCUGGAGACCGCCAGAGCAACCAUCGGUGAUACAACUGGUCCGAGAUUGGUUUAGAUGUUGGGGAGACGAGUUUGACUACACUCAACAAAUGCCGAGCAUAUCCCAGGGCGGAUUCGUUGAUCGUCUCGCCAGUUUUCAUCCACACAGUCCAUUCUGCAUCGCUGAUCCUUUCAUACCGAGCAAGAACCUCACUCAAGGAAUAACCAAAGCAACUCUAAAACGCUUCAGGAUGUCGUGUUCGUCGUAUGCAGAUGAGAUGAAGUCGAAUACCCAUGGAUUGCCCUUAAAUCCCCAGAACCCCAAGGAUAAAAUAAAAAUAAAAACAAUAGAGGAAUUGCUUGGGGGUCCUACAGAGCAUACUGAUCACGUCACGCAGCCUCUCUACAUUAAACUCCCACUCAGUCGCUGGCGGCAACACUCCCCGAUAGACGCAGUCAACAUGUCUUGGAAACUUGGCUCCUCGAAAAAGACGAAAGAAACAAAGGAAAACGGGGUUGUCUCCCGAUCGGUCACUCCCAUUCCUUCGCGGCCAACAACCCCAAAGGCAGCCAAUGGAGACCAAUUCAGGAGUGGAAUGCUCACCAUCCGCAUCUUUUCCGGUCGUGGGCUUUCUCUUCCGCCCGAUGUGUCUGUCCCAGAGUCGAUUCAAAAGGCCCUUAACUCACCACAAACGGCUCGGAAACCUGCAAACAAUCGCGAGAGUAUGCAGCGCAAACGCCAUCUUCCCUAUGUCGUUCUCGAAUUCGACAAGAAUGAGAUCUUGAUCGACGCUAUGGACGGCGACCUUGCUAGUCCAAUGUGGAAUUAUCGCGCUCAUUUCGACGUGUCUCGUACAUCCAAUGUCUCCGUCAGUGCCUAUUUGCGAACAGAGGCAGCAGUCCAAGGCCAAGAGGAUAUGGGCAACGAUUUUCUGAUGGCGCGAGUCGAUUUGACCCCAACUCUGGAUGGCCAUCACGCGUCGGAUGAGUGGUACGCCGCAACAGCAGGUUCCGGGUCAUUCCACCUUAAGAUCGACUUCCGCCCAACCCGCGACGAGCCGCUUACUAUUGAAGCAUUCGAGCUCCUGAAGGUUAUUGGCAAGGGCAGCUUUGGCAAGGUCAUGCAAGUUAGGAAGAAAGACACUGGGCGAAUCUAUGCGCUCAAAACCAUCCGGAAAGCACAUAUCGCUCAACGUCCGGGUGAAAUAACACACAUUCUUGCUGAGAGAACUGUUCUCGCCCUCGUCAACAAUCCCUUCAUCGUGCCUUUGAAAUUCUCCUUCCAGAAUCCCGAUAAACUUUACCUCGUCAUGUCAUUCGUCAACGGCGGGGAGCUAUUUUACCACCUACAACGAGAGGGCAAAUUUGAUCAGGACCGCAGCCGUUUCUACGCUGCGGAGUUACUUUGUGCUCUAGAGCAUCUCCACGGCUUCAAUGUCGUUUAUCGCGAUCUCAAGCCGGAGAACAUCCUUUUGGACUACACGGGCCAUAUCGCGCUCUGUGACUUCGGUCUGUGCAAAUUGAAUAUGUCAGAAACGGAAAAGACCAACACAUUCUGUGGCACACCUGAGUAUAUUGCUCCGGAACUCCUUGAGAGUCAGGGAUACACCAAGACUGUUGAUUGGUGGACACUAGGCGUCUUGCUCUACGAAAUGAUGACAGGACUACCACCAUUUUACGACGAAAACGUCAACACGAUGUAUCAGCGCAUCCUGACCGAUCCGCUCAACUUCCCUUCGGACAUGUCCUCUGAGGCCAAAAACGUCAUGACCGGUCUACUUCAACGGGAUCCAGCCAAACGACUUGGUGCGCACGGCAGUGAAGAAAUCAAAAAGCACCCCUUCUUCGCGAAGUAUAUCGAUUGGAAUAGACUUCUUGCGAAGAAAUAUCCAACACCAUUCAAGCCGAGUGUGGAAUCCGUUCUUGAUGUCGCUAACUUUGAUCCUGACUUCACCAACGAAUUGCCACAAGAUUCAGUUGUUGCAGACUCGGCGCUAUCGGAGACCGUCCAAGAUCAAUUCCGAGGGUUCACCUAUAACCCUGCUAACGAACAUCUCUCCGACUACGGCGCCGUCACUCGGCGACGAUACGUCAUUGUCAUUGUUGUUAUUAUCUCCUUGCUCUACCUCACAGAAAGGUCUAUACGAGACGAUCCUCCUCCAAUUCCAUCGACAGCUGCACCGUCUCGGAGCACAAUAUCCUUGCCUCAUAGGAUCAGUUCCGCGUCUUCGCCCACAUCUUCACCCACAAGCUAUCCAGAAACCGGUCCAUGUGCUGCUCGACCACGAGUAAAUGCUACACUUUUGAUGCUUGCACGCAAUAGUGACCUACUCGGUGCACUAUCUAGCGUCUCCCAACUUGAAGAGAGAUUCAACAAACACUGCAACUAUCCUUGGGUCUUCUUGAACGACGAGCCGUUCACAGACGAAUUCAAGUCCGAGAUGUCGAAGAUUACCAAUGGCUCUUUGUCGUUUGGUCUCGUGAGCAGCGAAACCUGGCUCCAGCCAGACUGGAUCGACGAAACAUUGGCCAAGGCUGGACGCGAGAAAAUGGUUGCGCAAGACAUUAUCUACGCUGAUAGCGUCCCCUAUCGCAACAUGUGCAGAUUCAACUCUGGUUUCUUUUUCAAGCACCCACUAGUUCUUCCAUACCGAUACUAUUGGCGAGUCGAACCGGAAAUUGAGUAUUUUUGUGACAUAACCAAUGACCCAUUCAAUUAUAUGGUCGAGAACCAUAAAAUAUAUGGCUUCACCAUAUCAUUCUAUGAGUGGGAGCCAACAAUUCCUACCCUUUGGAGCGCCGUGAAAGAGUUCAUUGCAAAAUAUCCACAAUACGUCGCUGACGACAAUUCUAUGGCGUACUUGUCAGACGAUGGAGGCCAGACAUAUAACCUUUGCCAUUUUUGGAGCAACUUUGAGAUUGCCGACAUGGACUUUUGGCGUGGGCGUGCCUAUCAAGCAUUCUUCGACUUUCUGGAGGCUAAGGGCGGUUUCUACUACGAGCGCUGGGGAGACGCGCCUGUCCACAGUAUCGCGGUCGCUCUGUUUGCGCCGAAAGCACAGCUCCAUUUUUUCCAAGAUAUUGGGUACCGACAUAGCCCGUUUCAGCAUUGCCCACAAGGACCGGAAUGGGAAUCCAACGGGUGUGGAUGUGACCCGACAGACACAUUGGACUACCGAGAACAGUCUUGCAUACCAAGGUUCCAGCGCCUAUUUUCUUGA